AUGUCUGGCUGGGACUCGUACAUCAGCACGCUGACCACCGCCUCCCCGCACAUCGAGCGCGCCGCCAUCGUCGGCGUCGACGGAUCGGUUUGGGCGAGGACCGAGGGCGACAAACAAUUUGCGGCCACCGAAGCCGAGCUCAAGUCGCUGGUGACCGGCUUCAACACCCCGGACCAAGUGCCAGCCCGCGGCGCCGACCUCGAGCAGAUCCACUACGUCGUCCCCCGGGCUGAUGACACCGUGAUCUUCGGGAAGAAGGACAAGACCGGCUUCUUUGCCGCCAAGUCACAGCAAGCGGUCCUCAUCGCAAUCUACAAGGGCGACUCGGCUGAAGGCACGGAGGUCCGCUCGGCCGUCGAGAAGCUGUCGCAGUACCUGGCCAGCACCGGCUAC